AUGGGGCAUUUAGAGUCUAAGGAAUGUAAUAUGUUCGUACAGCUUUUACAGUCAAUGAUUAAGUCGCAUGGUUAUGAUAUUAAGAUGAAAACUGUUGAAGAAUUUGUGCACAUUGUUAGGGAAAUGUGUCCAUGGGUCCCUGAAGGUGGCUUUCUCGAUGAAGCCACAUGGAACGUCAUAGGAGAGAAAAUCGAUCAGUUUUGUUUUCUUAAUAAGUCUUUGCCUCAAUGUGAAGUUUUGCUUUCUGUUUGGCCUAAACUACGAGAAUGUGUUUGUCCUUCUAAAAGUCUUCCUCCUUCUGCCCCUCCCUACACUUCUGUCUCUCCCCUGCCCUCUGGUGCUGCCACACCACCCGCCGUUAUACAACCGCCUCCUGAGGCUCCCCCUCUUCCACCUGAUCCUCAUGAGUGGGCAGAAUGUGGGUCUAACUCCUCACAUGUAGAAUAUCCACCUUUGGAUAACUUUGAAACUCUGACAGAGGUUCUUGUGGACGAAGCGCGUGCUCCUGACAAUACUCCUCAAUGGACUCCUGGACCGGUACUUCAGCAGGGUGCCACCAUGAUUGCUUGCAAUGCCUCACAGGGCCACCCUUCUUUCUUCAUUCUCCAAGGCAUUCCUGGCAUGGAGGACAAACACAAAUGGAUAGCUAUCCCCUUCUCCUCCAUGUAUUUCAUUACUGUGCUUGGGAACUGCACCAUUCUCCUCACCAUUUCCACAGAGCGCUCCCUGCACAAACCCAUGUUUCUGCUCCUCUGCCUGUUGGCCCUCACAGACCUGGGCAUGUCUACAACCACUGUUCCCAAGGUGCUGUGCAUUUUCUGGUUUGGCCAGAGUGAGAUCAGCUAUGAAGGCUGCCUGGUUCAGCUGUUCUUCAUCCACUCCAUCUCAGCCAUGCAAUCAGCAGUCCUGAUGACCAUGGCCUUUGACCGCUACGUGGCCAUCUGCAAGCCCUUGCACUAUGCCACUGUCCUUUCCAAUAGCCGCAUUGGACUCAUUGGUCUAGUGAGUUUGGUGAGAGCUAUCCUCUUUAUUCUCCCCAUGCCCAUCCUCCUUCAGCAAAUGCCCUAUCAUGCCAAUCAUGUCAUUCCCACCACCUACUGUGAGCACAUGGCUGUGGUGAAGAUGGUUUGUGUAGAUACUACACUCAACCGGAUUUAUGGCCUGGUGGUGGCCUUGUUGGUAGCUGGGCUAGACCUCUCAGCUAUUGCUUCAUCUUAUGUGCUAAUCAUCCAGGCUAUUUUGCGUCUCUCUUCUAAGGAAGCCCACCACAAAGCAGUCAACACCUGCACCACACACAUCUGUGUCAUGCUUAUUUCUUAUACUCCCUCACUUUUCUCUUUUCUCACUCAUCGCUUUGGCCCAGGCAUUCCACCCCAUGUCCAUACCAUUCUUGGCAACCUCUACUUCCUUGUACCUCCAAUGCUCAAUCCUAUAAUUUAUGGAGUGAAAACUAAGGAGUUCCGGGACAAAGUGACCAAAUAUGGUUGCUGGAGAAAAGUGCCCGCAACCACUGCCCAUGGUCAGAAACUUGUCUGCUAA